UUAUCAUAAAUUCAUUUCUAUAUCACCUCCUAACUCCACCAUUCAUCAAUUGUUAACGUUCUACAGUUACAAUUGAACAACAAGAUUGACCUUUCCCAAAGCUCUACCAAUUACCUCAUUCGCGCACCUUAAAUUCCCAAUUGCUCACCUAUAAAGCUAUAAUGGCAGAACCAGUCGAGCCACCCAUCACCUUAUCCGCGCAAGCAUCCGCAGAUUUGGAAGCAUACAAUUCGGCCAAAGUAUCGCUCGCUGAAUACUGUGCAAAAGGAACUGCUGAAUAUGCACAAAAGCGUUACGACGAUGCCGUAGAUCAUUAUGCGCAAGCCGCCGAAUUGCAGGCUGAAAUCAACGGAGAAAUGUCACCGGAGAAUGCAGAGAUUCUGUUCUUGUAUGGAAGAGCCCUCUUCAAGGUUGCGCAGCAACAAAGUGAUGUAUUGGGUGGUAGAGCUGGAGGUGAGAAACAAAAGCCUAAGAAGAAGAAUGGCGCAAAGAAAGUAGAUGCCAUUGCAGAAGAAGAUGAGACCGUUAAGACGGAAGAUGAGAAAAAGGAUGAGGCCGGAAAGACAGAAGCAGAAGAAAAGGCAGAUAAGGUGGCCGAGGAAGAGGUUGCGAUAAUUGCAAAUGGAGGCGCUACAAAGAAAGAGGAGAGUUCUAGCACAAAUCCAAAUAAGCCUCUGUUUACGUUCACGGGAGAUGAGAAUUUUGAAGAUUCAGAUGAGGAGGAAGAGGAAGCAGAGGAAGAAGAUGAAGAAGACGAUCCCCUCAAUAUUGCUUUCGACAUCCUGGAUUUGACCCGUGUAUUAUUCGAGAAGAGGUUACAGGCGGAUGAGGGAGAGGGCAAGGGUAAAGAGACUGGCGAUAAUCCUAUGACUACCCAUAUCAAAGAGAGGCUCGCGGAUACACGUGAUCUCUUGGGAGAGAUUUCUCUUGAAAAUGAAAGAUUUCCAGCCGCAGUUGCAGAUUUCAAGGAAUCCCUCGCCUUGAAACAGAGUCUCUUCCCAGAAGAAGAUGAACAAAUUGCCGAAGCGCAUUACAAAUUAUCCCUCGCCCUCGAAUUUGCAUCAAUUACACAAACUGAAACCGACGAUAAGAAGCCCAACGCAGGAGCCGACAAUGUUGACGAGGAAAUGAGAGCUGAAGCUGUCAAAGAAUUGGAAUUGGCGAUCAAGAGCACCAAACUCAAGCUACACAAUCAAGAAGUUGAAUUGGCAGAGUCGGCCGUAUCAGAAGAUAAUGAUGUUACAAGACACAGAAUCGCCGAUGUCAAAAGUAUCGUUGCGGAUAUGGAACUUCGUCUCAAAGAACUCCGCGCUCCACCUGUGGACAUCAACCAGGCUUUGGCUUCAGCCCUCGCUCCAGCUGGCGCAACCCAAUCCAAUGCUAUGAGUGGCAUUCUAGGAAGCGUCCUCGGAGAAUCUGCUUCUGAUACCGCUGCACGUGUUGAAGAAGCCAAAAAGACAGCUACGGAUCUAACAGGUUUAGUCAGACAUAAGAAAAAGGAGACUAAAGAUUUACCAAUACAAUCAGGUUCGAAGAGAAAGGCAGAAGAAGAGCCAGAAGUUGAGGGCGAAAGUAGUGAUGGGGGAAAAGAGAAGAAAGCCAAGGUUGCUAGUGUAGAGGAAACUGCUGAGAAGACUGCUUAGUUGUUUUUUCGACCGAGUUCAGGUGGGGAUAAAAACAAGGGAUAUUUUAACGAAAGGGGAACAAUUGGAUCCAACAUUGGAAGCAAAACGAGUUUGUAAUAAAAUGACUGGUGCUAGGCAGGCGUCUAUAUGAAAUCACAUAGGAUACUAUGGAUUAUUUUCAGUGAUCAUUUCGAUCCACUGUGUAUGUACAAUGAAUGAUCAACGUGGUUUCAAUUACGAUACACGAAUGAAGUCGAGAACCUGAUUGAAAUUUCAAAGCUUUUCCUU